AUGGAAAAUAAAAUAGAUCCUGCUAAAAGUAACCUUGCCAGACAUUUUGCAUGGAAGGAAAGAGUCAAGAAGGAGCAGAACUCUGUGUAUACUUCUCUUCAGAAGUGCAUUUCAUUGAAGAUUUUGAAGCAACUGCCUUUGAAAGAAGAAGAGGUACUAGAUAUUCCUUCGGAGUCUAAAGCGGACCCUUACAAACUGCUUUCUACACUAAAAGAGUCCACGAUUAAGGAAGGACUUUCUCCUUUACGUCAAUCUUUAAAUAAUCAUCGUCUUCAGCCUGAUGAUCAUCCUCAUAGUCAGGUUUCCCCAAACUCUCCUUCAAAAACUUUACCGAAGAUUCCUCGUCUUAGCUCAAACGAGACAACUCCUUACAGUGAGUUUAUCAUUGGAAGCCAGUCGAAAAUGAACAGAGAAGUCCCGCUCUUAAAUGAGCGUACUUCUGGAACCUAUUACAAACCGCAGAAGAAGCAGUACUACGGAACUGAGAAGAAGAAUUACAUGGAUGAGAACAUCAACCUCCAGCAGCCAAGAUUCACUUAUCUGAACCUCAAGAACAAAUAAAAAGAUAACCGACCUGAAACCAACUCAGAAACCUUUGCCUAAUAUCCGUAAAUCCAUGGAUAACUUGCACCAACUGGGACUUGAGCAACCUCCGAAAUCACCGACCCCUCCACAGAAGUUUGUCCCAAAACAGGCAACAGCAAGCCCAAGCUUAGGGUUCAAGCCUAAAAGACUCUUGCAUCCAAGUAGGUUGAGUAGUAAUGGUCUCUACCUAACACAGAAUGUUAGUUGUGGCCUAGACUUAAAAGAAUCCCAACAAAGAGCACUCCAGAAGAUGAGAAAGAGAAGGAAUAGAUCACAGUUAUAAUUAAUUGUUGAAUAAAUUGCUUAAAGCUUGCUUC